AUGUUGAACGUUCGCAUCUCCUCUUUACCCCCAGAUCGGCAGACUGCUGCCAAAGAUUGCCGGCGGUGUAUCAAACGGCGCAUUAAAUGUGAUCGCAGCACUCCGCGAUGUCGCAAAUGUACCAUUCGCGAGUUUCAAUGCCCUGGAUAUGAUGCGAUUCAACUCAAAUGGGGCCUUGGUGUCACCAGGAUACAGAAACCGUCCGAGAAAUCACCAGUCAGCACGCUCGGGGACGUAUCUCAGGACGCAGAUACAUCUGCGAGUGCUGCUCUAGUUCCCCGGACUAGUCUUUCUCCUGGAGGUGAUAUUGUCUCAUGGACCGAUCAGAUCACUUCUCCAAUAUCGGUUGAAAGUACACCAUCACCUACAAUCGACAGAUCCCUAGUCGAUAGCUAUACAUCAGCCAUUCUAUCCCGCAAUCUAUUCACUCAUUUCAACAUCAAAGUCGCGCCCCGGUUGACCUGGGUUGAUCGACCGGACCAUCCAUGGCGCAAAGUUAUCGCUCCGCUAGCACAGCGCUCGAAAUGCCUUGGCCUCUCGAUCCUGAGUGUUGCAGCUGCCCAUCUAUCAUUCACAUCUUCAAAUCCUCUACCUACAACAAAUCCCACUCAAAGCAUCAACCAUCGUCUCCGCGAUGCAAGUCUCCACAUGCUCAAUCAAAAAAUCAACACCGAGCUAGCAAACUACCACUCAACAUCCGACCAUCUCUCUCGAGAUUCAACUCUGAUCGAGAUCCUAGCAACAACACUCGUCCUCUGCUACGGCGAAAUGCUUAUCCCGCACUCAACAGACUGGAACCUCCAUCUUCACGCCUGCCGCGUCCUCAUCGAGCGCUACACCUGGCGCAACAGACACAACAAGUCGCCCAACGCUGCAAUCGACUUCAUAAUCCGCGAAGUCGCCGAUAUCGAAGUCUUCCGCAACAUCGGCGCCUUCUCAAUCGAACAACCCUUCAUAACAGACUCCCUCCACCCACAAUCAACACUACUAGACGACUACUUCCACACCUUCACAGGCGUCUUCCGCGAAAUCACCGCCGAAGAAAGACGCAGAUACACCCUUUCCCAAGAAGCGAACCCCUCCACUGGAAAUCAAUCACUAUCACACUCACACUCACACUCACAAUUACCCCUGCCUCCCAUCGACAUGGCACCCUGGCGAGCCAAGAUCGAACUUGCACACGCCCGAGCCUCUGCCGACACAACCCGACUAAUCACAACGCACGGCUCCAACACGCAGAAAUGGAUGGACGCGAUCAUCCGGGCCGUCUACCACGCUAGUCUGAUCUACGCCUACCAGUGCCUCGCCCCGAUAACCGAAGCUACCGCGGAAAUCGGGACGUCUUUGCCUAUUCUCCUGGCGGAAAUAGAAUUUCUAACUGCCGGGCCGGUGCAUAGCUUUUCCCAUGAUAUUUUUGUGCCGCUGUUUAUUGCCGGGACGGAGUGUUGGGAUGAUCCGAGUAGACAGGAUGCCGUUGAGAAACGGUUUCGGGAACUAUUGGCGGCGAUGGGGAUUUGGUGUAAUUUUACGGCGUUGAGGUUUUUGAAGGCUUUUUGGGGGAGGGGUGCUGGGACGGGGGAGUAUCAUCGUGUUGGGGGGUGGAUUCCUUAUGCGAGGGAGAAUGAGGGGGAUAAUGGGCCUUUUCUUGUGUUUUAG